GGGCUCCGAGGAAGGAGGACGAAGGAGAAGAUGGCGGCCGGCUCGCCUCAGGCCUGGUCUGUGUUCGUGAGGCGGGAAGGAAGGCGGCGGAGGGAAGAGGACGGAGAGGCCGAGAGAGAGAGAGAGAGAGAGAGAGAGGACGUGAGAGUUCUCUGGAGCCACCCCUGCCGUGAUGGGAAACGAACCAGCUUCUAGUCGAUAUUAAGGCAUUUGGAAACCAAAGUGCAGUAAGGAAACCAGUCCUCAAGGAAAAAGGAUUCCUCUCAAGGGGCUGAUCUUGCUGAAUUCCUACAUUCACUUUGGAUUAUAGAGUAGAACCAUAGAGUCGGAAGAGACUGCAGGAGGCACCCAGUCCAGGCCUCUGCCGUGCAGGAAAAGCCAAAGUACCCCUGACAGAUGAGCAUCUGGCCUCUGUUUAAAGGAUUCCAAAGGAGCCUCCACUACAUUUUGAGGCAGAGAGUUCCACUGCUGAACAGCUCAGGAAGUUCUUAAUGUUCAGAUGGAAUCUACUUUCCUGUAAUUUGAACCCACUGCUGUGAGUAAUCAGAAAGGGAAAAACAAGAAUCAAGUGUCCUUAUUGGAAUUAAAUGUACAUAACAUUGUUGACAUGGAGGAGAAAGUAUAUAAAUGUAUUGAAUGUGGAAAGAGCUUUAGUCAGCAUGGAAACCUGAAGAGACAUCAAAGGACUCACACUGGGGAGAAACCCUAUAACUGCCUGGAGUGUGGACAGAGCUUCACUGAGAAUGGACACUUACAAAGACAUCAAAGGACUCACACUGGGGAGAAACCCUAUAACUGCCUGGAGUGUGGACAGAGCUUCACUCAGAAGGGAAGCUUACAUAGACAUCAAAGGACUCACACUGGAGAGAAGCCCUAUAAAUGCCUGGAGUGUGGACAGAGCUUCUCUCAUAAUUCACAUCUACAUAGACAUCAAAGGACCCACACUGGGGAGAAACCCUAUAACUGCCUGGAGUGUGGACAGAGCUUCACUCAGAAGGGAACCUUACAUUCACAUCAAAGGACUCACACUGGGGAGAAACCCUAUAAAUGCCUGGAGUGUGGACAGAGCUUUGCUCGUAGUUCAGGACUACGUUCACAUCAAAGGACCCACACUGGGGAGAAACCCUAUAAAUGCCUGGAGUGUGGACAGAGCUUUGCUCAUAGUUCAGGCCUACGUUCCCAUCAAAGGACUCACACUGGGGAGAAAACCUAUAACUGCCUGGAGUGUGGACAGAGCUUCACUCAGAAGGGAAGCUUACAUAGACAUCAAAGGACUCACACUGGGGAGAAAACCUAUAACUGCCUGGAGUGUGGACAGAGCUUCACUCAGAAGGGAACCUUACAUUCACAUCAAAGGACUCACACUGGGGAGAAACCCUAUAAAUGCCUGGAGUGUGGACAGAGCUUUGCUCGUAGUUCAGGACUACGUUCACAUCAAAGCACCCACACUGGGGAGAAACCCUAUAAAUGCCUGGAGUGUGGACAGAGCUUUGCUCAUAGUUCAGGCCUACGUUCCCAUCAAAGGACUCACACUGGGGAGAAACCCUAUAACUGCCUGGAGUGUGGACAGAGCUUCACUCAGAAGGGAAGCUUGCAUAAACAUCAAAGGACUCACACUGGGGAGAAACCCUAUAACUGCCUGGAGUGUGGACAGAGCUUCACUCAUAAUUCACAUCUACAUAGACAUCAAAGGACCCACACUGGGGAGAAACCCUAUAACUGCCUGGAGUGUGGACAGAGCUUCACUGAGAAGGGAACCUUACAUUCACAUCAAAGGACUCACACUGGGGAGAAACCCUAUAAAUGCCUGGAGUGUGGACAGAGCUUCACUCAUCGUUCAGGACUACGUUCACAUCAAAGGACCCACACUGGAGAGAAACCCUAUAAAUGCCUGGAGUGUGGACAGAGCUUCACUCAGAAGGGAAGCUUACAUAGACAUCAAAGGACCCACACUGGGGAGAAACCCCAUAACUGCCUGGAGUGUGGACAGAGCUUCUCUCAUAAUUCACAUCUACAUAGACAUCAAAGGACCCACACUGGAGAGAAACCCUAUAAAUGCCUGGAGUGUGGACAGAGCUUCUCUCGUAAUUCACAUCUACAUAGACAUCAAAGGACCCACACUGGAGAGAAACCCUAUAAAUGCCUGGAGUGUGGACAGAGCUUCACUGAGAAGGGAAGCUUACAUAAACAUCAAAGGACUCACACUGGGGAGAAACCCUAUAACUGCCUGGAGUGUGGACAGAGCUUCACUCAGAGUUCAGGACUACGUUCACAUCAAAGGACUCACACUGGGGAGAAACCCUAUAAAUGCCUGGAGUGUGGACAGAGCUUCACUCAGAGUUCAGGACUACGUUCACAUCAAAGGACUCACACUGGGGAGAAACCCUAUAAAUGCCUGGAGUGUGGACAGAGCUUCACUCAUAGUUCAGCACUACGUAGACAUCAAAGGACUCACACUGGGGAGAAACCCUAUAACUGCCUGGAGUGUGGACAGAGCUUUUCUCAUAGUACAGGACUACGUUCACAUCAAAGGACUCACAUUGGGGAGAAACCCUAUAACUGCCUGGAGUGUGGACAGAGCUUCACUCGUAGUUCAGGACUACAUUCACAUCAAAGGACUCACACUGGGGAGAAACCCUAUAACUGCCUGGAGUGUGGACAGAGCUUCGCUCGUAGUUCAGGACUACGUUCACAUCAAAGGACUCAUGCUGGGGAGAAACCCUAUAAAUGCCUGGAGUGUGGACAGAGCUUCACUCGUAGUUCAGGACUACGUUCACAUCAAAGGACUCACACUGGGGAGAAACCCUAUAACUGCCUGGAGUGUGGACAGAGCUUCGCUCGUAGUUCAGGACUACGUUCACAUCAAAGGACUCAUGCUGGGGAGAAACCCUAUAACUGCCUGGAGUGUGGACAGAGCUUCACUCAUAGUUCAAACCUACGUCAACAUCAAAGGACUCACACUGGGGAGAAACCCUAUAAAUGCCUGGAGUGUGGACAGAGCUUCACUCAGAGUUCAGCUCUACGUUCACAUCAAAGGACCCACACUGGGGAGAAACCCUAUAACUGCCUGGAGUGUGGACAGAGCUUCACUCAUAGUUCAAAACUACGUCAACAUCAAAGGACUCACACUGGGGAGAAACCCUAUAAAUGCCUGGAGUGUGGACAAAGCUUCAGGCAUGGUUCACGUCUACGUUCCCAUCAAAGGACUCACACUGGAGAGAAACCCUAUAAAUGCCUGGAGUGUGGACAGAGCUUCAUUCAGAGUUCAAGCCUACGUUCCCAUCAAAGGACCCACACUGGAGAGAAACCCUAUAAAUGCCUGGAGUGUGGACAGAGCUUCAUUCAGAGUUCAGGCCUACGUUCCCAUCAAAGGACCCACACUGGAGAGAAACCCUAUAAAUGUCUGGAGUGUGGACAGAGAUUUACUCGGAGUGGAACUCUACGUAAACAUCAAAGGACUCACACUGGGGAGAAACCGUAGAAAUGCAUGGAGUGUGGACAGAGCCUUUCACGGAAUAACAUUAUACAUAGACAUCACAUAGUACACUCUGGAGAGAAUGGUGUUAAUUGACACCAGAGUGUCAUUUUAAAAUGUACAAAAGGAACUCUUGCAAAUUUUGGAAAUUCAACCUCAUAGUUGGGACAUUUCCUCACAUGUGGUGUAUUGUAGAAAGAUUGAACUAAAAUAUGUUCCAUUCUGGAAGUAAGCAAGGUUAAAUGAAACUAGAGUUUUAUAUGUUGAGAAUGUUGGAUGAUCAAUUAGAAUGAAAACAUGGGUUGUUACUGUGAUAUACUAAAGUGUGUGUGUGUAUAUAUAUAUUAUUCUACUCCGUUUAGAUAAUAUAGUCAUAUAUACGGACUAUAUACGGACUAUAUUAUAUAUAAUAUAGUCCGUAUAGUCAUACAUACAUACAUAUAUAUAUAUAUAUAUAUAUAUAUAUAUAUAUAUAUAUAUAUGACUAUACGGAUAGAUGGAAGGAAUGUUUUAGUCCAAAGCAAAAAGAAUGGCUCAUGAAGACCUGCAAAUUACCCAAAACAAAAAAACUGAGAACAACGUGGGCAAAUGUCAGUUGUUAUAUUUAUUAAUGGUAAGAGUGUUAUCAAAAGUGUGGUUAUAUUAUAUUAUCUAAAGGGAGUAGAAUAAUGAGAGAUAAAAAUUAACAGAUAGAAUGAGGCCUUUAGGCACAAAUCCCUUUCUGUUUUCUAGUUCAGUUGUGUGUCUAUGUAGGUAAUUGUUUCAUUAAUGUGUGUGUUUCUGAUUUAGUUUGUAUCUCAUGUAGUAGUUUCAUGUAGUUGAAACAUUAUAUACAAUUUCUGCCUUUUUGUAUUCUUGCUUUUAAUCUGUUUUUUAUUUUUUUAUUUGCAAAAAAGAAGGGGAUUUAUAAGGGUCAAAAUGGCUGAAACUGGAGGGGUGGGUAGACCUGGUUUUAGCCCAAAAUGGGGUUUAAUGUUUAAUCUAGAGCGCCAUUGAAGAUCAUUUCUUUCCUCUGUGUUGAUGACAUGGGUUUGGAUUCAGUUGUCUUCCUUCAGACAUUAUUGUUCCUAUUAUGCUUUAUACAACAUGUAUUCACUGCUUUGAUCACCAUCGAUUCUUUUUCACAGCCUUGUCUAUCCUGCAAACCCCUCCAGUGUGUUCUGUUGGUCAUCAGGGUUGUGUGUGCUAAGUUUGGUCCACAUCCGUCAUUGGUGGGCUUCCGAAUGCUCUCUGGAUGCAGGGUGAACUACAACUCCCACGUUCUGUGUUCCAAGUUUGGUCGUCAGCUUGUUUUGUUCUGAACCGAAAGGAUUGCUAUUCUUUUGAUGCCGAGUGUUCAGGGAAGAGUGAGGUCUGUGAGAUCAAUGAGGCUUUCAGAGACCACGUCUGGUCGCUUGGCUGGGAAAUUGUACAAACAUGUUCACACAAAUGGGAAGGUUAGAAGAUUUGGUUCAGGCAGAUUUUAAGUUAAUAACCUUUAAAAAUAGAAGAUAAAAUUUGGAAAGCACAGGAUGGUGGAGCAUCUGAGUUGGUUGAGCCUCAGUAACGGUGGAAGCCCAGUGAUUUUAUUUGAUCUAUCAUGUCAGAAACUAAUUGAGAGUACAGUUAUAAUGUAUUUUAAUAACACAAAGUUUUUGUUUUUUCGUGUCAGGAGCAACCUGAGUUGCUUCUGGAGUGAGAGACUUGGCCGUCUGCAAGGACGUUGCCCAGGGGACGUUGCCCGGAUGUUUUGACGUUUCACCAUCCUUGUGGGAGGCUUCUCUCAUUUCCCCGCAUGGAGCUGGAGCUGAUAGAGGGAGCUCAUCCGCACUCUCCCCAGAAGCGACUCAAGUUGCUCCUGACACGAAAAAAAUAAAAUAACACAAAGUUAAAACUUGGCAUGAUACUAGAUUUCCUUUGACUAGAAGGUGGCCGCUUGGAGUGCCUCUGGUGUCGCUGUGAGAAGGUCCCCUGUAACGGAAAGCCCUAUUUUAUUGGGGAUUUUUGUCUAUGUUAUGUAAUGUUGAUUCAGUGGUCAAGGUGGGCAGGAGUUGGCUACUGCUGAUUGGCUAUGUGUCACCAUGGUAACGUAGAAAUGCAACUAUUUCGAAGCUAGCACGAAAGGGGCGGAGCUAGCUGGAUGAAAAAGGAGGGAAUGUUUUAAAAAGAGUGAGUUAGUGGAGUUCUCUAGCCGGUGAGCUUGAAAGAAGAUGUCUGAAGUCAGUUAGGUUUAAGUUUCCAGUGAGAUAGAGCUGAGGAAAAGGAAUACUGUUGAGACAGAGUUCCAGUCAAGUGGUUGAUGUUACAGAAUGAAAGAUAUUAUCUAUAUAAUGUACAAAUGAAACGGAAGAAGUAAACCUUUGCAACAAGUUACGCUUUUUGGACUAAAGAAACCAUCAAUAAAUAAUUCUUUGUUUGUAAUAAA